AUGGGGUCGUUAUCGGACAGUAAUGAAGAAGGUACAUCAUCUUCAACAUCAGUUUCUGAUUUGAAAUCUGGUAGAACACCUACUCCAUCCGAUCCACUACCCCCUGACGAACCACCUUUACAAUCUUCACCACCACCACUUCCACCACCAGAUUUCAAUCCUCCCGCCGAGCAUCCAAUAGAUUCACCUGUGUAUAGCAUUUCUACGCCUUCUACGAGUUCAGCAACUUCACCUAUCAUUCAAUCAUCAGGAUCAUCUUUCCCUUCACCUUCAGUAUCAGCUUCCUCCGAGAGUUAUUCCAAUUCUCAUUUUCCUCCAGGGGACAACCUUGUGCAUAUUCGUCCGACAUUACAAUCCCUUCAACGUGUUUCUAACGAAUCGAUACCUACCCCAGGAUCGACUAGUUCAGUCUCAUCAAACCAAUCGGAAGGUGGGGAUCAUUUGGCGGAAAUGAGAGAGGAUUUAAAGGAAAAAUUGUUACAAUCAGAAGUUUCAACUCCAUCAAAAUCUAGAAGUAGUUCACUUUCAUCUUCUUCCAACGUAAUCAUCAAUAACACUGCGACUGCAACCACAGACAGUUUUCGAUAUAACCUGAUAAAUCCAACUCCACCUUCGGAACCUGCUUUGUUCGAUGAAUAUGAAGAUGAAGAUUACAGCAAUGAAGCUGGACCUAGUAGACCAAGGAGAUUGAGUUCAGGUGCUUUAGCAAAUGUUGAUGGGAGAGGACAGGAUUUACCCGCAGAACACGCUUGGGAUAGUGUGUGGCCUGCAAUGGGUGCACCACAUCGUUCUUUACCUCAAGAACCACCUUCAAGAUUCCCCAUUGCACCUGUAUCACCUUUUGUCACACCUGCUUUCUCUCCUGCGAUCAUACCGACAUCAUCAUCGUCAUCGUCAACAAACUCAAAUUCUCUAACACGGAAACCACCGUCUCCUGUAGUAGAUCCACAUUCAAGCGAUCCAGCUUCCCCCUCUCGAAGUAGUCAAUCUCCUGGGACAAACCCUUUCAGAUUUUCACCUAGAUCAGGAGGAACAUCACCCAAUAUGGAACCUUACGGUCAGCACGAAAUGUAUUAUGGUGGUAGGAGAAGGUCAAUCACUGCAGAUGCACCAUCGUUGUCGCAUUCACCACCUUCCUCAUCAAGCAUGAACCUUAGCAGACAUCAUCGAUCCCUCUCGAAUUCGUCUCAAAACUCUUCGCAAUCUCGACUGGCUGUUCACAGAGCCUCACCAACGAUCAGCAGUCCACCGAAAAGUCCGUUAUCUACGUCAGGAGCGAAUCGACCCUCAAGUCCGACCAAAAACAGCUCGACGUCAGGCGCUACCGCGAACAGAUCCAUCAAACCCAGAGCGUCUCCACCGGUUUCAGCGGUCAACAAAGGUCGUCCAAGAGGUCAUAGUUUCUCUUCUGUGAUUCGUAAUCAGCCGUUUGGGCUUGAUCCAUCUCCGCAAUCAUCUUUCGAACGAAAAAAGCCUUCUCCGACAGUAAGACCAGCACCGGCGGAGAAGGCAAACUCGGUCAUUUCUCCCCCGGAAUCGUCUUCUUCGUUACCACCUUUCGCACUUCCCCCCGCUGUAGCCGAAUUACCGAACGCAUUCCCGCAACCUACUCCGGUUGCCUCACCUGGUGAACCAACGCGACCCCCAUCUCCUCCUCUUUUCGCCCCCCUUGCACGACCCGCUGUACUUCGACGAGCGUUAUCAGAUUAUGAUGCAAAAUCUCGCAACGCACCGCCCUCUUUCCAUCGUACACUCAGUAUCACCGCCGAACUUGACAAAUCUCCGAAACGCACAACAAGCAACGCUGAUAUAGCUUCGCCCGUUGAGCCCAUCCAAGGGUCAGACGACGAUGCCGCACGCGUAAAAAAGAGUCCGAGAAGAUCACCGAGGACGUUACCUAUGUUGUCACCUUUGUCUGUACAUCCCCCUUCUGGACCGGUUCACGAAGCUGAAGGUAGGGUAGGUGAUUUGGCGGAAAUCUCAAGUUAUUUCCCAGAUCAAACGGCAAAUCAAUGGUCCGGUGAUAGCAAUGCGGAUUAUAUGGGCGAUAUCGAUAUUGUUGACGAGGGAGAUGUAUUGCCAAUGGGGGAUGUCCCCAUGGACGUCACUUUUGACGACGAGGGUCUAAACACAUUGGAACGUAUAUUCCUUCUCAGCAAGAGUGAAUAUCCUUUUCAUCGAGCCUAUGUCGCUCGAGUCCUUGGCGAUUUACUCAAUGAAGUUGAUCCUUGCGAAUCGGUCGAAUACGUUUUGCCUCUUCUCAGUGGCUUUUCCAUGGACGAUGAUGAAUCUGUCAAGGAAGCUUUUGCGUCGGAAUUACAUCGUAUCCUAUGGUAUUUUUAUUCAACAUGUAAACUCCUCGUAGAAGAAGAUGGGGAAAUGGUAGAAGUACCGGAACCUCCUCUUCCUCCAGAACCAAUAAAGGAAACUCUCACAAUCACCUCUGAGGGCAUGAACAUGGUUCCUACGCCUACCGCAGCGGAAGUGAAGGAAAGCGCGACCCCGAUGACUCGUCAAAGAUCAAACACUUCUUUACUUAGUACGACAGGUCCUUCAUCUGGCGGAUCAAGCUUGACCAGACCUGAAUCGACGAAAUUCUCGCCAGGUAUUUCAGAAGGAUUGGACGUUGACACCCCCGCUUCAUCCAUCUCAGCAUCCUCUCAAGACACAGCAUAUAGUCCUGGAAUAUUAAUCAAGCCGUAUGCUGAUAAUCAUGAUCACGAGUAUACCAAAGAAGAUCAAGGUAUCUUGGUAGAUCGACCAGUCUUAUCAGUAAACUUCUUCACACCCCUCGUCGGAUCCUUACUCCUCAACCAGAAUCCUGUCAUCUCCGAAUCAGUUAGAAACGGAGUUGUAGCUGUUCUAGAACGUCUGAAAUGGAAAGGAGAAACAACAUUGGAGACAUGGGGACAUGCAGCUCAACAACCUGAAGCUGACGAAAGGAGAACGUUUGCAACUCAGAUCGGACCUCAUCAACACGAUUUACGACCUUUUUUUGCAGAGGCUAGAGCUGUUGUGGAAAGAGAACUUCUUCAUGGUAUCGUCAUUGGUAUGGGUCAAUUAUCGACCGAGAUGCCGGAUAUGAUCUUUGAUGAUCCCGACGAAGAUAAUCGUGAUAACGAAGCUUUUCAACUUCAAUUAAUACAAGAAGCCACUGCUGGAAGAGCUACUUCAAUGAAUCUCAUAGGUUCAGUGUCAGACUUUUUCGAAGCUGAUGAUGUGGUUGAUUAUGGUUUCGUGGAAGAGGUAUUAGCAUCUGGAGAUGGUGAUGUUCCUGUUCGAGCUGAAGCAGCGGUAGCUAUGAGUUGCUUGGGAAAAAUCGUUCCUGUUGAACACGUCUACCGAAUGUUACCUUUAUUCGAAGAGUUCUGUGAAGAUGAGAAUGAUCAUGUCAAGCAAUCUGCUUGUUUAGCUCUACCGGCUUUAUGUAAACGAAUCGAAUCACCGGAUUACCGACGAGCAUUCGCCGUCAAAGCUGUCCAAACUCUUAUGAGUGGCGACGAAGACGUCCGAUGUGCUGCCCUUGAAAUGCUUGGAGAAGUAAUCCACAUCUUCCAUGAAGAUCCUCGAGGACCACCUGAUGAAUUGCUUGAUGUGUAUACCGAUGAUUCGGAAAUUGGCCCAGGCGAACGAGAUUCGGAUUGGGAUGUCGUCUCAAUCUUCAAUUUCCCCGGUGUCUGUCUUACUUUGGGUCCCGAACGAUGGAACGACAUUCGAGAUUUGUUUCAACGAUUACAAGAUCGAGCAGGAGAAAAAGUCUUACGGACUACGGCUUCUUGUUUACAUGAAUUGACCAAAAUCCUUCGACCUGAUCAAGUAGUCUCCGACCUUCUUCCCGUUUAUACUCGACUUCUAGGUGAUUCUGAGGAGAUCAGGGAAAGAGUCUUCGAGCAUGUUGACGUAAUCAUCGCAUCUGUCCCUAAGGAGGUUGGAUGGAGUCUUUUCAGACAUCUCGCACGAGGUUGGAGAGAGGGUAUGCUUGGAGGAUGGAGAGCAAGAGAAAAGUUGGCUUUGCACAUCCCUAGUUUCUUGAAGACAUUCCAAAAGUGGAAGAAUGUAGAAGAGGUCCUGGAAAUGAUGAAGGACGCUCUGCUAGAUCCUUUUGCGGCCGUCAGAGAUGCUGUCACACACGGGAUUCCCGAGGCGUAUGAAGUGCUUGGGUCACGAUCUUCGGUUGCGAAACGAUUUCGUGAUAUUUUACUUGAUUUAGGCGAUUCACCAGCAUUCAAAAAGCGAUUAACGUUUGUAAGAUGUUUAAGAGAAUUUGUGAAACCGCCACCUAAUAGAUCAGCAUUUGAAGAUUUCUUCUUACCUGUUUUACCAAGAUUAUCAAAAGACGUAGUUGAUAUCAGGCUUGGAUUAGCUCAAAUUAUAGCUGAUCUAUUUGUUGUUGGAGCCUAUUAUUCAGAAGUUGAUCAUCAUGUUCCUCAAAUGAUUUGGGAAAUAGCAGAUGGUUUGGCAAAUGAUACAGCUGUUGAUGUAAGAGAUACAGUCAGAAAAGUUGACAUGGACAGAGCACUCAAAUCUGGAAAAGAAUCGCAAUCCAAAUCUGGGAAAGGUAAAGGCAAAGGAAAAGACAAAGAAAAGAAAGAAGUCCAAGUUCCGUAUGAAGUUAAACCGGUAACGAAUCCGGAUAGAAGUUUGAAACCCGACGAACGAUCUCCAACAGCAAGUAAAAAUCCUUCAAGAGGUGAUUCUUUUCCACCAGUUUCAAAUCAUGCUGUAGCCGAAUACAAAUCCUCGUCUUCUGCUGCUUCUUCCUCCUCGUCGUCUUCAUCGUCUUCUUCGCCACCAUCCCAAUCGAAAACAUUCCUGUCUAGUAAAGAACCUACGCCAACUCAACAAUCUCCAGGGAUUGGGUUACCUGACCAACAGCAACAGCAACACCGACAACAACAAAAACAACAACAAGCCGAAGUCUCUGCUCAACUAGGUUUAAUGGAUUUAUCGUAUUCAAAUUCGCAUCCAGAUCCAAACUCGGUUUCAAACUCGGAUUCAGAUUCAGACUCAAAUCCAGGUUCAGGGUCGGGUUCUGGAUCAGGAUCAGGAUCAAAUGUAACUUCCUUUAUGAUGAAUAGAUAUACUGGUUCGGAUGAUUCUUCAACCCCGAGAUUGCCCACAGGAAGUGGAUUUAUAAGAUCCCCAUUAUCGACUGAAAUCUAUUCUGAAGAAGAAGGGGAAGAAGCAGCCGGUGCUGGUGAUACUACAAGGAGUGGAGAAAGGGGUAACCCGUUCGCCAGCAGUUUUGGGAAACAUACCAAGGCGGGUUCGGGAUCAAGUGCGGACUCGUAA